AUGAAACAUACAAAGAAAAUGAUUAUGGUUCCUGAAAGCGAAUAUCUUACACUAUUAAGCAUGAUCAAAGGCGGAGAUUUUCUUCAAAAUGAAAAAGUACAGACAGACUCAAAAAUUAAACAGACUCUUAGUGAUCCAAAUUUAAGUGAAGAUGUCAAAGCCCAAAAAUAUAAAUUGUUAUAUAAGAAAAGGAGACAACUCAAACAUGAGUUAGAAAAUAGGCCUCAAAAGGUGAUAAUCGAUGAGGGUAAUGUAGCUAGAGCUUCAGAAAUUGCUCCUUACCUAAAGGAAACUGCAGCCCCUAAAGCACAGUUACAACCAGUACAAUCAAGUUCAGAAUAUCAAACAGAUUCAGAAUUUACAUCGACAAAACUAAUGAAAAGAAGAAAAACAACACCUUUUAAUGGAAUUAUUUCAAAGAGAUAUUCGAAAGAUUUAGAAAAUUAUGUCAAAGAUAAUGCUGAAAAAUUUAGAAUACAAUAGUAAU